AUGCCGCAACAAUAUCCGUACGGCCAGGCUUCGCCAUAUCUGCCCGGUCAAUACGCUCCGCAACCGCAGCUCUAUCCGCCCAGUCAAGGAGGAAGCAGACCAGCAAGCCUCGAGCACCAAUCGCAGCGGUAUCCGUCUCAAGAUUAUCCGACUGGUCAACCACACUAUCCUCCACCACAAUACCCUCCUCCGGAAGGCCUCCCUUCCCUAGCUCAAGAGUAUCAAUAUGCUCCCCCGUCGGCUCAACAGCUACCUCCUCCUCCUCAACAACAACUAGGCAGACCCUACAUACUCCUUUUCCAGCCCACCCCUCAAAAACAUAUCCGCUCGCUGACGCCCCUGGGUUCCACCACCCCGACAAAUAUAGUUACCUACAACCGGCCGCUGAUCUACUCCUCGGGCUUGGACAUCACCCUCAUCGCCACCACUUCCGGCUCCCAAGUGGCCACGGUAAACUGGCACACCUGGUCCGGCAAAAUCGACCUGACCUUCUCGGCUACGAGCCGCCAAAUCACGUACAAGAACAGCUUCGAACCCACCGGGGGCUCAGCAGGAGGCACAGGCGCUGCCGCGACGACCACCAGCCUCGGCAGGCUGUUCUGGACCGUCACCCGGGGGGAUGAAAAACAGGCCGAUCUCAAGUGCACGGACCGCACGGGCGCGGUGGUCUGCACCGUCGUCCUGUACGGCAAGCUGCGCAGCGGGAAGAUCGAGACCUGGAGACAGGGGCUGGACAAGGAGCUCUUUGAACAGGUCGUCGUCAGCGCCGUCGUCGAGGUAGAGAAUUGGAAGCGCAAAAUCGAUGGUCGGAAUAGUAGUAAUCCUGGCGUCAUUGCCGAUGGGGUCGAGGCUGCAUUGGGGAGUUGA